CCUUCUUUUCCUCCAACUUCCUCCAACUUUAAUCUGGCUGGUUUGUGUUCGCUUCUGGAGGAGAAGUCACUGAAAACUUUGGAGUGGGUGUGGGAAGUGUGACAGCACCGCUCCAGCAUUGUCUUCCAAUGAGAGUCCGGCCCUCUGCGGGCUCUCCCCGCCCACGGAGAGAGUGAGGCAGAGGAGACGGAGCAGAGAGUUUUAGAGGAGCCAGGGACAACUUUGAUUUUUCUCCGUUUUUUCAGGGCUUUAAUGUCGGUCGCCAUGACCCUAUCAAAGCUUUCCAUCGCUUUGCUUUUAGAGUGGAAAUGUUUACGUCGAGCCGUGUAGUCUCGUUUUAACACUAUGGAUACGUGACGGCGAAAGAAGAAGUUAGAAACUUUCCCGAUCCUCGGAGCGCAGCACAAUGGACUCCAGGCAGAGGAAGCGCUCCGGAGGAGGGACGCUGUGGAGGAUUUAUCUCUAUCUAGCCUGUCUGUUCUCGGCGUCCGCUGAGCUCAGAUAUUCCGUUUCAGAGGAGCUAAGCCCGGGCUCUGUGGUUGGAAACAUCGCGAAAGAUCUGAGCUUCUCUCCUCAGAGGAUCGUCCAGAGGAGGUUACGGGUGGUCUCCGAGUCAGCGGUGGAGUAUUUCGAGGUGAAGCAGGCGACGGGCGAAUUAAUUAUCAAACAACAAAUAGACCGGGAACAGCUGUGCGAACUGAGUUCAACGUGUUCGCGACAAGUACAAAUUAUCCUGGAGGAUCCGCUGGAGAUUCAUCGCGUCGUGGUGGACAUCCUGGACGUGAACGAUAACGCGCCGCGGUUUUCGACCAGCAACAUUUCUCUGGAGGUGUCAGAGGCGGCGGCGCCGGGCACGCGGUUCCGCUUGGAGAGCGCGCACGAUCCCGACGUGGGUACCAACUCCUUACGCACUUACCAUGUGGCUACAAAUGACUUCUUUACACUGAACGUGCAGACUAAGAGCGACGGCAGCAAGUUUCCAGAACUCGUGGUUGACAAACCUCUGGACAGGGAGACGCAGGCCUCGUUUCGCCUGUUGCUCACUGCUGUGGAUGGAGGUCAGCCGGAAAAAUCUGGCUCAACGCUGCUGCUCAUUAAAAUUCUGGAUGUCAAUGACAAUGCGCCGGUCUUUGGCGAGCCGGUGACCAAGGUGACGCUGUUGGAGAACGUUGCACAGGGCACUUUAGUUACAAAAUUAAACGCAACUGACGCUGAUUCGGGCAGCAAUGGGGAAAUAUCAUUCAUGUUUAGUAAAUACACGCAAGAGCGUGUUCUCCAGCUUUUCAGCGUGGACUCUAAAAGCGGGGAGAUCCGGGUGAAGGGGGAUGUAGACUAUGAGAAGGCCUCAUCUUAUCACAUCACAGUGCAGGCCAGAGAUGGGGGGUACCCCGCCAUGGAGGGCUCUUGCAACGUCAUAGUGGACAUCAUUGACGUGAAUGACAACGCCCCAGAGGUGACGCUGAUGUCACCGACCAGCACCAUCAGAGAAGACUCGCCUCCGGAGAAAAUGAUAGCUCUCAUAACGGCUCGAGACCUGGACUCCGGAGACAACGGGAAGGUUACUUUAACCAUCCCACCAGGUUUGCCAUUUAAACUUAAUUCAGCCUUUGAUGGUCAUUAUAGUCUGACCACUGCUGGCAGCCUGGACCGGGAGACGGUUCCAGAAUAUACAGUGGUGAUAAAAGCAAGCGAUGCUGGCUCCCCGCCCCUUUCAUCUCAAAAAACGUUUGUUGUGAAGCUCUUGGAUGUAAACGACAACGCUCCCUCCUUCUCCCAGUCUUCUUACUCUGUGGACAUACCAGAGAACAAUCCCCCCAGCUCCCCCAUCGCUGCUGUUUCUGCCACGGACCCGGACCUGGGUGAGAAUGCUCGCGUCUCCUAUGCCAUCCUUCCUAGCAUGAUUCAGGACUCGCCCAUCUCCUCUUACGUGUACAUUAACCCCGAGACCGGCCACAUCUACAGCAUGCGCUCCCUCGACCACGAGAAGCUCAAUGCUUUCCGCAUUCAGGUGCAGGCCCGGGAUGCAGGGGAGCCCCAACGGGCCACAAAUGUCACUGUGCAUGUGUUUGUUGUAGAUGUGAAUGACAACGCACCAGUGAUUGUUCAUCCCUCCUACCCUAAAGACAAACCACUGCAGCUCACUGUGCCCCCAUCUGCUGGCCCAGGCCACGUCAUAAAUAAACUGGUCGCGGUGGAUGCAGACAGUGGGCACAACGCGUGGUUGUUUUAUUCAAUCGCCCCUGGACCAAACGCUGGCAUGUUCCGUAUCGGGGCCCACACCGGAGAGCUCCGCACAGCCCGCAAAUGGUCCGAAGACGAAGAGGGCUCUAAUUAUGACAUAACAGUCAUCAUCCAGGACAACGGUGAGCCGCCAAAGUCCAGCUCUGUGAACAUCACCGUAACGGUGGACGAGAAGGCCGCGGCUGUGGACGUGCCGGUGAACCCUCGCCACAACCACUUCUACCACCAGACAGGGAUGUCUAACAUCACUUUGUAUCUCAUCAUCUCCCUGGCGUGUGUGUCAGGUGUGGCUUUCAUCACGUUUGUGGUUCUCAUGGUGCGCUGCCUGAGGCACCGUGGCCCAGGGCUGGGCGACUCUGACUGCUGCUGCUACGGCCGCCACACGUCCAGCCGCUACCAUCAGAGACCCAGCAAGGACCUUCACCUGCAGCUCAACACCGACGGACCCAUACGAUACAUGGAGGUGGUGGGAGGCCCCCAGGAGCCGCACACACGCACAUAUCGGCCCUGCUACUCCACCAUAUCUAGCCGGAGUGACUUUGUAUUUAUGAAGACACCCAUGCUGAGUCAUAACAACACGCUCAACAUGACGCUCAGCAGGAAGAACCUUAUGAACUCAGCCAUUGAGCAAAAGCCUCCCAACAAUGACUGGCGCUUCACACAAGGACAGAGACCUGGACCUAGUGGCCCCCACAUGCCGUACGGUACACACAUACGAUGGACGCCGAAGAAUGGGACAAGGGCUACUGGAGGACCUGAGGUAGCCAUGGGAACUGGCCCCUGGCCCCAGCCCCCCACCGAAGCAGAGCAGCUUCAGGCGCUGAUGGCGGCAGCAAACGAAGUGAGUGAAGCGACAGCCACCCUCGGGCCUGGCACCAUGGGCUUGAGCACCCGCUACAGCCCCCAGUUCACCCUGCAGCACGUGCCCGACUACCGCCAGAACGUGUACAUCCCCGGCAGCACGGCCACGCUCACCUCCAACCCCCAGCAGCAGCAGGCCACGGCCCAGCAGGCCACGCAGCAGGCGCUGCCCCCGCCUCAGGCCUCGGCACAGGCCGAACCUCCAAAAGCCGCCCAGACCCCCGCCUCCAAGAAGAAGUCCACCAAGAAGGAGAAGAAGUAGACAUGGGUGGAGAGGCGUUGGAGGCACGAUGAAGUGAUGAGAAAUCCAACCCCCCAUACCCCACCGUUAGGUAUCUGCUGUCACAUGGACGCUGUUGGUGGUUCUUCGAAGGUUUCCCUCCGAGAAUCCAAAUGUGCUGGAGUUUUUAGUGUUACUAACUCAUGUUGUGCUUAAAGGUCUAGUAUUGUUCAUGUAAAUCAUUGUGGGUAGAUAUUUUUGGCUGGGUAUGGAGGGUUGCUGUUGUCUUUUAUUUUUCCUCCCUUUCUUUUAACGAAAAAACAAAAAAAUCUAAUGGACAAAGAGAUUCGGUGUAGCAAACCUUGCUGGAAUGACGAGGCUACACAGCGAUGUAUUCAGAGAUGAAAAGUUAAUGUCUUUCAUGUUGGAUUUAUUGUGCACUUUCCCGAAUGCGGAAAGUCAGCCGUUGUAAAGUUCGCUAGUUGCCAUUCAUUAUAUUCCUCUGUCGGGUCAGCCGUAAAGCAUAAGGCUGCUGUUUGACCGGUAUUACAGACUCUUCUGCAUGCUCAUGAAGGAUCAGACCACAUAUGCUAGUUUAGAGUUGCAAACUAUGCAUUGCAAAAGCAAAGAGGAAGAAAUUCUGAAUCAUUUUUGUUCCUUCCUUCAAUCGCAGAUCAGUGUAAUGCACGUGUAGUGCUUACUUGUCACAAAAUGAGAAUAACUUUUGUAAUCAUAGUUUUAAGAAGAAAAAAAAACAUAAGAAUUUAAUCUUCUGGUAUUUUCUAUGACCUGAGCAUGCACCCACAGUUAAGGGUAGGGGUUGGCAGAGGACUGUAGUGAAGGCAUGGCACGUACUUACAAGUCCUCCUGACUUCCUGUAUAACACCUCAGGAUGGGUCCAGGCAUGUCCUGCUGCCCUCCCCUCCCCGCACCCCACUAGUGUCCUUCCCUCACCCCCAAUUUGAGCCAAACUAAGAAAAAUGCACUGGUCGUAUGCUGAAGAAGAGACAAUGUUGGGGUUGUAAUCACUUCAAUCUUUAGGGAAACAUGUAGAUGUGGUAAACUUAAGUGCUUAGGAGUUUCUAGACACUUUGUAAGCCUCUAGGGCCUUGACGGAGUUUUCCCUUCACUUUCUUGAGGUGCUGAAGAAAUUUAUUGAUGUUUUCUUUAUUAUUAUUUGUUUUCCUUUUGGGAGAUAUUGAUUCAAUAGCAUAAAUGGGUUUUGUUUAAGAUAUGAAGUAUUUACUUUGCCAUCCAUCUGUCUGUCAGGAUGAAAUUGCAUGAAAAAGAGGGCAGCCUGCAGGCUGGGUCAGAGGGGAACGAAACGGGAUCGGUGGGAGCUAAACCGGUUGAGGGGUGGGGCAACAUCUCAAUCGGUGGUACACAACCUUUGGCUCUACCUACUGAAUGUACAGAGGAACCAAUGCUGGCCUGUCCAACCUUUUUAACCUUCUCUAAUGCACUGACCCUGAUAGAGGUCAGCAGAGCCAAGCACAGUCACACCUGUUGGUGAGGAAAAAGCCGUUCGGAGCGUCUUCUCCGUGUUCGAAAUCAACGGCAAACACGAUCCUCUCCGCCUCUCACCUGUCUGCAUCCGCUCCUCCCCCCCCCUCGCUCUGUGAGGCUCCUACCCCGCUGUAAAUAAACACGAGUCCGGUCGAUGGUAUACGAGCCGAGUAUUUGUACAGCAGGGACCUCGUCCAACUGUUCCCUCUCAACAAGACGCGGCUUACUACUGGAAUGUGUUUGCAUUUUGUUUUUCAAGAAAAAUUAAAAACCGCAGCUUAAAAAAAAAAAUUUCAAAUAAAAAUCAUCAACAAUAAACAAAAAAGUUUGAGAUGUUCUUCAACAGUUUGUGUUGCAAUGUAGUAACUGAGCACCACGGAAGCCAACUAACUCUUAAGUGUAAAUAAACGACUUAAAGAUAACUUUAGAUGAGUAAAAUCAAAGUGACACACGUAGACUAGUUAACUUGUGGUAUGUGUUGCGCAUAUUUUUGUGUUUAUUUUUCUCUUUACUACCUUUCAUCAUCCUGUAAAGAAACGAGACUAAAAAAGAAAAAAAAAUUUGAAAAUGUUUCUAUCCUUCUGUAACCUCUUAAUGUUAUUUUUGCGGUGAUUUUUCUCUUGUGCAUUUGUGAAAUAAUGCCUCUCAUUCUCUUUCUGUCCAUAUGAACAAAUGAUUAUAAAUAUUAUAUAUGUGUAAGUCCGUCCGCUGCUGAAUUAAUACUACUCUAUCCUGCUGUAUUAUCUUUCUUAUAAAACGCUUUUCCCCUCCCCCCCACGCUACAUCCCUGUGUUACUCUCUUAUUUUUAUGCUAAUAUUUAUAUUUCUGUUCUAUUUUCUCUUGGACACUGACAUUUCAAAUAAAAGAAAUCAUUUGAAAAACCUUA